AUGCGUCUUCUCUCGAUCCUCGGGGUAGCCACUCUAUCCCUCGGUGCCUCUGCUGCACUCGUCGAAGGAGAGCCAGAUGUCAACAGUACCCUUGUGCAGCAGCACCUGAGAGACCGACAGAAGUUGAUCACUCUGGAAAAGACGCACCGACAGGACCACCUCUUCCGCCAGAACCUCUCCCCAACAGCCCGGUAUGCCGACGAAAUCGUCCAAGCAAUCCGCCAGGACGAAAUCGACAACUACUGGCGCAUCCCCGCUCCCCCACAAGAUGCGGAAGAGGAGCAAUUCGCAGGCGAGAUGUUCCCGCGUGCUCGGGAUCGCAUCGCCAAUACCACCCUCUGGCAGGUAGUCAGGCGCAUGCCCAAGGGUUCCCUCCUGCAUGCACACUUGUCAGCCAUGCUGCCGUAUGAGAAGAUCGUCAGGACAAUUCUCGACACGGACGGGAUGGUGAUUUCCGCGUCCCAGCCGAUCGAUAGCGAGGACGCUAGAUUUAACGCUAGCAUCACCUUUGCGCAUGUUAACACUACACUCCCGACUAAUGAGACGUCCAUUAGCGAUCCGAGCUACAUCCCCGACACACCGGUCCCGAUUAAGCAGGCUGCUGGUAGCUUCCCUGGUGGUGUGGAAGGUUUCCUUGAUUUCAUCAAGGAGAAGACCACUGUCCCGCCAGAGGAGUCUCAGCGUCAUGAGCUUGGUGUCGACGAGGUCUGGAGACGAUUCCAAGCUUGCUUCGGACCGGCUGAUACGCUUAUCCAGUAUGAGCCUGUUGUCAGAGCUUUCUAUAAGCAGCUCUUCACAGACCUGGUGAAUGACGGUAUCAAUUGGGUUGAGAUUCGUAGUGGUGGGUCGAGUGGCAAGCUCGUCCACGACGGCGAUGAGGAUAUUGACCCUGACCUGGACGUCUGGUGGGAUGUUCUGCUUGAUGAGGUUUACAAGUUCAAGACGUCUGAGAAAGGUCGGAACUUCUGGGGUGUCCGGGUUAUCUGGUCGGAUGCGCGUGGCAAGGAUCGUGCUAAGAUCACGAAGAGCAUGAAAAUCGCUCUCGAGCGCAAGCAGAAAUACCCCGAACUCUUCAGCGGCUACGACCUCGUCGCCCAAGAGGACCUCGGCCGUCCUCUUUCCGAUCUCGCACCAGAACUAGUCUGGUUCCGCCAGCAGACGGAGGAACUCAACCUCACGAUCCCCUACUUUUUCCACGCCGGAGAGACGCUUGGAGACGGAAACUCGACAGAUAACAACUUGUUCGAUGCUGUUCUUUUCAACUCCCGCCGGAUUGGCCACGGCUUCUCCCUGUACAAGCACCCGAACUUGAUUCGGCAGGUGGUUGAGCAGGAUAUCAUGGUUGAAGUCUGCCCCAUUUCCAAUGAAGUGCUUCGCUUGAACACGGAUAUUUUGCAUCAUCCGCUGCCCGCUAUGAUUGCCCAUGGUAUUCCCACUGCGAUCAGCAACGAUGAUCCGGCUAUCUUGGGUCAGGACGUUGCAGGUCUGAGCUAUGACUUUUAUGAGGCCAUUCAGGGUUUUGAUAACCUUGGUCUUGCUGGUUUGGGUGCCUUGGCCCAGAACAGUCUUCGGUGGUCGAACUUUGAAGACCAGUCCAAUGAGGACUGGGUGCGAGACGUUGACAGUGCAGAGCACGGCAAUGGUAUCAAGGCCGAGUACAUCCGUGAGUGGAACGACCAGUGGGAGGACUUCUGCGCUUGGAUUGUGGGAGAGUACGGAGACAAGUAUCCGACUUCUUAA